CCCCCUUUCUAGUCAACCUGUGCACGUCCUUGCCAAUAUGUAUCUCUGUACAGUAUAUUAUGCAUGCUGCAUUUCCACUAUAUAUCUUGAAGUGGCUUUUGAUCUAUGCUUCCUAGUUAACAUGUAAAGUCUAACUGUAAAGUAAACUGACAUUGAGGUCUCUGAUGUUUAACCCCGGGUCGAGCUCUGAUGCAAAACAAAUUGUGAACACAGCAGAUUCUCUGGAGCAGGUGGAGAGCAGUAAAGACGAUAGUGGACGAGAAACAGCAAUCGAAAAGGACCCCAGGAUACGAACUUCGACACCAUGAGCAGUAGUACUCCUCUCCAAGUCUUCGCUAUUUUACUAGCUGCCGCGGGGAUGACUUGUACCCUUGUGUCCACUGUGUCCCUCAGAUGGAGAACGUCCAGUAGCAGCGGUACUCUCAUUACCUCAACCUCCAUAUUUGAAGGGCUAUGGAUGCAAUGUGUGGGCACCGCUGUGGGCUCGGUGCAAUGCAAGAGGUUCGCGUCGCUUUUCAGCCUGCCAACUCAUAUCCAAGGAGGCCGUGCCCUGAUGAUAAUCUCGCUCAUCCUGGGUCUCUUUGCUUGUAUCAUCUCCAUAUUUGGACUGAAGUGCACAAAAUAUGGAAAAAAUGAUGAAUACGCCAAAGGGAAGAUAGCUCUUUCUGGAGGACUGGUCUUCAUUUUAGCAGGAAUCUGUUGUCUGGUGCCGGUUUCCUGGUAUGCAGCCAUCACCACUCAGCAGUUUUUUGAUUCCAGAUAUACUUCAACAAAGUUUGAAUUUGGUUCUGCGCUCUAUAUAGGAUGGGCUGGAUCUCUACUGGACAUUCUUGGUGGUUCUUUACUUUGCUGUUCCUUCAAGAAAAAGAAAAAAACAGCUAAAAAAGGAGCCAAUGCAUACAUCUACAACAAGCCACCUGAAAGCGAUUUCACGCAGUUCAAGGAGAUGCGAGAACCUCCCUCAAAUUCUAGAGCCUAUGUCUAGCCCAUGUUGAGGAGCACAUGAAGAAGUCACAUUUAAAUAUUUUGUACUGAGCCUUUUUCUAAUUAAUAUGUAGAUCUAUGUUUUUUAAGUGCACAUCAUUACAUACAAGGGUACGUUUCUAUACACUAAAGAGAGAAAUAAGAACACAUUUAGAAGAUAUAUCAGUAUGUGUUAGCAUUUUGUUUUGUACACAUUGAAUGUUUCUGUAUUUACAUGACAUUGUGCAUAUUGAGAACCAGUAAAAGUCAUAA